GUAAACAAUGAAGUUAUUAAUCGGAAUAUUUUUAUUAUUGCCUCUUUAUCAAUGCCUACUGGUUGAACAGUACAACUUUACAGUUCAUACACGUGUUUCCCGAUCCGUGGCUAAUAUGGAUGAGUUAUUAGAACUGGAGGAGGGACUGGCUUUGAAUUUGGAGAAAUAUGCAGAGGCUCUCAUGCAGAAAGCUAACACUAUAAAACGGGGUGUUCAGCUGAUGGCCCAAAGACACAACGAGAAAAAUACUGCAUGGGAUUACCUGAAAACCUAUUCCGUUUUACAUCAUAUGCAGGCAGAUUGGUUGAGGUGGCAAUUAUUUAUUGAAAAACCAGUUGCUUCGGAAUAUGUUGACUACAUAAAGUCUAUGAAACCAUAUUUUCCACAAAGCUGGGAUUUUGAAGACGCUUCCGAAGGUUUAAAAAGAAUGCAAAGGGUCUACAAGUUAAAAGCAAUGGAUAUUUCCGCAGGAUUACUAGAUGGUGUUAAGUACAACUCCACAUUUUCUUAUUUGGACUCUAUUGCCAUGGCUCAUCAUUUAAUGAAUCAAUCUUUGUGGGUGGAUGCUAAACAAUGGACUUUAGCCGCAACAGAAAUGUUUGAAUUUACCGAAAAACUGCCAGAACUGGAGUUAAUAAGAGGCUUUGACGUGGAAAAGUUGUACAUUUCAUUGGCGUGUUCGCUGCUCCAACAAAAUGAAACGAAACAUGCCUUAGAGAUAUAUAGGAAUGCUAUUGAACAUCAUCCCCCCAAUGCAGAAAUAUUUAAAAAUUAUCAGGAAUUAGAGAACCAGAUGCUUUCCAAACCUGAACCCCUCAACAACGACUCAAAGCUUAGUUUAAAAGAAGAAGGAGAGGACCCCAAUAUGCCCGGAUGUUGUAAUGGCCGUUGUGAGGUUCCGAAAAAUUUCAGUCUAUAUUGUGUAUAUAACACCAAAACCUCGCCCUUUUUACGCUUGGCACCUAUCAAAACAGAACUACUUUCCAAGGACCCGUAUAUCGUUAUUUUCCAUAAUGUGGUUUCCCAAAAGGAACUCACAAAAAUUCGCACAAUGAGCAAGAAACACCUAAUAGCGUCGACUGUAAUAAAUUACACCACUAACGCCUAUAGUGUUGAUUCGUAUCGCACAUCAAAGUCAGUGUGGGCUCCUUCGAAUCACAGUUUGACUGAAAGAAUAACCAAUUUAGUGGGUGAUGCCACGGGCCUUGAAAUGGCUACUUCGGAGAUGUACCAAGUGAUUAACUAUGGAAUCGGUGGUCUAUUUGAACCCCACGUGGAUCCGGUAUUUACGGAUGCUGAUCGUUUCAACGGAACAGAUGAUCGUUUUGCCACUACUAUAUUUUGGUUAAGUGAUGUGAAGCAGGGAGGCGCCACAAUUUUUACAAAACUUAACCUCACCGUAUAUCCUCAAUCUGGGUCAGCACUAUUUUGGUAUAAUUUGGACAAUUGGGGCAACGAGGAUAAGAGGACUGAGCAUGCAGGAUGUCCCGUUAUUGUAGGCUCAAAGUGGAUCAUGACUAAGUGGGUGACCGAUAUGGGCCAGGAGUUUCGGCAACCUUGUUACAAAUCUAAAAUUUCUCCAUUACCUUUUUAGCUUUAUGUAAUCAAUGUAAACAGUUUACUUAUGAAUAAUAU